AUGGGUACAAAGCCAAAGGCCUCCAAAAUGGCUCCUCCUCUAAUAGCCACUCUCAUAGUAGCAAUUCUUGCGCUUUGCUUCCCCACAAUAGCCAAUGCAACCUACCAAUAUUCCUCUCCUCCGCCGCCACCUUACGUUUACAAGUCCCCACCACCCCCAAAAAAGUCUACACCGCCACCGCCAGUCCAUAAAUCUCCACCACCGCCAGUUUAUAAGUCCCCACCACCACCACCACCUAAAAAAUCUCCCCCACCACCGCCACCUAAGAAAUCUCCACCACCAUCGCCAAUCCACAAACACCCACCAUACGUUUACAAGUCACCACCACCGCCACCUAAGAAGUCUCCACCUCCUCCACCGCCAGCCAAGAAGUCCCCUCCACACCGCCCUUACUACUACAACUCUCCUCCUCCACCUCACCACUACUAA